AUGGACGUGCCUGCAGGCCUGGGAGUCGACCAGGAUAUUCGUGCUGAGAAUUCGACCCCUGAUCCAGAGCACCAGGCCGGCUCGGUGAGAGUGAGGGUGCAGGAGAGCUGGUUCACUGUGGAGCGGGCCUUGCUAGUGAGGAACAGCAGCUACUUCAGUGCUCUCUUUCAAUCUGGGAUGACUGAAAGCUACAAGGAUGAGCUCCACCUGAAGGGGGGAGUUCGAGCGAGGGGUUUCCUCAUCACACUUGCUGUGUGCAGGGGAGAGGUUCCCACUCUCACUGAUCCAGAUGAGCUUGUAGAAGCCGUUGAGUGUGCUGCUUUCCUGCAGGUUGCAUGUUUGGAGGAGUAUCUUUGCGAUAUUAUCGACUCGGACAACUGCCUAUUGCUUUACCAUGCAGCGUCCAUUUUUGGCUUGCAUGCGCUCUUUCACAAUGCUGCUCUUUUCCUCUGUGAUGCUUUUGAGGAUUUGAAGGAAGCAGCAGAGAGUACACUCCCUGAAGGACUUCUUGAGUAUUCUCAAUCAUUGUCUCCUACAUCUUUUAUCGCAAUAGGCACACAUUCUCCUUCAAUGGAAAUGCUGCACGACUCUUUCAGGGUUGUCUGCUACCUUGAUGAACAACAGGAAGAGUGGAAGCAUCUGACGAACCUCCCAACUCUCUGUAGCACCUCAAUGGCUGGUGUGGCAGUUCUUGACAAUCGACUGUACAUCGUCGGGGGAGUUUAUGGUUACGGAAAGGACACAGUGGAUGGCAGCUUCUGUUACGACCCAAAUGAAGGGCUUUGGACGGCUCUUCCUGGUCCCAAGCAACCACGAUAUGACUUUACUCUACUAGGGCAUGAUGGACGACUUUAUGCCAUUGGUGGCGAAUUCCAAAAACAAACGAUUUCCACAGCAGAGACUUACGACGUUGAGAAGGGAGAGUGGACUUUCAUUCAACAUGCACCAAGACCGGUAGCUUCUGCAGCUUGUGCUGUUGCAAGACGGCGGAUGUUUGUUUGCUUCUGGAAACCACCAGACACCACAGAUAUUUACGAAUACAUACCAGCGAGAAACGAGUGGAAAAUUGAAACAACCAUGAUCAAACCCCAGAGCUAUGGCCACUGUAUGGCAGCCCACAGGGACAAUUUGUAUGUGAUGCGCAACGGGCCUAGCGCCGACUUCCUGCGCUGCUUAAUGGACUGCUACAACAUCACGACAGGUCAGUGGACAGCCAUGGCUGGGAAUUAUAUCAACAGCAAGGGGGCACUUUUCACUGCAAUGAUAAGGGGCGACUGUGCGUUCACAGUGAAGCACAUGCUAACUCUGGUGUACGCCAUCACUGGAGAUGGAUGGAAGCCCCGCAGGCAGAUGAAGGGAUUUCCAAAGAGCGGUUCACUUUGGACGUGUUUACUCAGGCUUCCCAAGACUGGACCAGUUACACCACAGCUGGAGGCAGAGGGGAAGGAUGGAGUAAUGCCUUUGCCAGACACAUCUGAGGGAUUUGUGGAAGCGUUACUGCAACUGUGA